CUGCUCGCCACUCUGGGGCCGCCGGGUCGGGAGCGCAUCAAGAGGUGGGAGAGAGAGUCACCUCCCCAGGUUUCUCUUUACUGGAAGAUUGGAGGGGCCUGGUGAGGCGUGCUAGGAUUCUAGGUCCGCACCCUGGAGUGAAGAUAACUUGUGAGAGGAUUCAAUGAAACAAAGCCCAUUGAGCAACUGGUAAGAUUUCUCACAGCAUCUAGCCAUGCGUCUCUCUGCCCUGCUGGCCUUAGCAUGCAAAGCCACUCUGCCUCCCAACUACCGCUAUGGGAUGAGCAGUCCAGGCUCCUUGGCAGACAAGAGGAAGAAUCCCCCGUGGAGAAGGCGGCGCCCUGUGGUGGUAGAACCCAUUUCUGAUGAAGACUGGCACCUAUUCUGUGGAGACAUGGUGGAAAUCUUAGAAGGCAAGGAUGCUGGGAAGCAGGGCAAAGUGGUCCAAGUCAUCCGACAGCGGAACUGGGUUGUCCUGGAGGGGUUAAACACUCAUUACCGCUACAUUGGCAAGACCAAGGAUCACCGAGGGACCAUGAUCCCUAGCGAAGCCCCCUUGCUCCACUACCAGGUCAAGCUAGUGGACCCUGUGGACAGGAAACCCACUGAGGUUGAAUGGAGAUUUACUGAGGCAGGAGAGCGGGUUCGAGUCUCCACAAGAUCUGGAAGAAUUAUCCCUAAACCCGAAUUUCCCAGAGCAGAUGGCAUCAUUCCUGAAACAUGGAUCGAUGGCCCCAAGGACACAUCAGUGGAAGAUGCUUUAGAAAGAACUUAUGUGCCUCGGCUAAAGACCCUGGAAGAAGAGGUAAUGGAGGCAAUGGGGAUCCAGGAGACCCGGAGACACAAGAAAGUCUACUGGUAUUGAGCCUAAAAGUCUGGCUUCUGUUUGUCCAGUGGUCACCUUGAAGGUAGAGGCCCUUCUUUUCCUCAGACACCAAUAAAGAGCCCUGAGUGCA